UCCCGCCCAACGGCUUGUCAACAGUCGCGGGGGUCCGGGAGGUAAGCCUGGGAAGCGGGCGAGGCCGUGCGUGCGUCCCGGAUCCCCUCCCAGCUGGGCGGCCAGCCUUGGCCCCGGGGAGGGGGCGGGAUGUGCUCCGCCGGGGAGCCGCUGCGCGGCGCGGCCGGCGACGGGGAGCCGGACGAGGACGGGGACGGAGCCGACUCUGGGCUGGAGGGGCGGAAGCCGGGGCCGGGGCCGGCGUCCGGGAAGACGGAGGAGCCGGAGGAGCCGGAGGACGGUGGCCAGAGCCUGCUAGCGGGGCAGCAGCAGCAGCUGCAGCCUCCGAGGCGGCGCGGGCGGCCCCGGCAGCAGCAGCCGCCGCCGCAGCAGCAGCCGCAGCAGCAGCGUGGUCCUGGAGGAGCCGGCCAGGAGCAGCCUGAGCAGGACAUAGAAGAAUCACAAGAUCAUAGUGUGGAACCUGUUAUAGAUGACUACAAAAAGAUGGGAACCCUUUUUGGUGAACUAAACAAAAAUCUAAUCAACAUGGGCUUCACAAGGAUGUAUUUCGGAGAACGGAUUGUGGAACCAGUAAUAGUCAUUUUCUUUUGGUUUAUGCUAUGGUUUCUUGGCCUGCAAGCCCUCGGACUAGUUGCUGUUCUUUGCAUUGUCAUUAUUUAUGUACAAGAGUAAAACAUAGCUGACCCAUCUGUGAUUUGAUAUAUGGAAGCCAUGUUGUACAUUGAUGGAUAUUUAAGCGAACGAGAGCUACAGAAAUCUGCUUUGUUACAAAUUAUGUCAGCUAUUUUCUAACUAAAUUUAUAAAUGGAUGCUCUUUGAAAAUAAAGUCAACUCUUCAUUAUUGGGGAUUAAUUUUCAGGCAAUCCAGACCCCUUGUUUUCCUAUAAUGAGUUUUGUCCACUUAUUGAGCACUAAUCAUAAACACUACUACCCAAAAAUGCGACAGAGGUGAUGACAUUUAGAGCUGUCAGUCUUACUCCUUGUAAAUCAUUUAGGGAGAAAGAAGCUAAAGUGACAUUUUACUUGAAGAUUAUUUCCCAGAUAUUUCCCACUUUUAUUUGGGGAAUGUUAGAUUUCACUUAUCCUUGCCAUCCCCAUCCCUGUGAGAGUUGGCUUUAUGUAUGACUAUCUUUCUCUUGUGAUGGAAAUUAAUCAUUCUAGCUCAUUUUCCAAAAAUUAAAAAAAAAGACACAUACUAUUGUUAGAGAAGCUGCCCAAGUGGGAUGAAGCUUCAUUAGGCCUGGAACCAUUUCAGUAUGUCAUUGAAGGUUUUAGAAUUUUGGGUGCUGGUGAGACCUUUGUUAAUCCAGGAGCCACAAGAGCCAGGUAGAUGCUCAGCUGGCUGCAUACCUCUCCUGUGACAUGCCUGAUUAGGCUGUGGUAUUUUCUUCUAUCCAACAAGCUUGAGUUUUUAAUUUUUUAUUUUCCAUGGGACACUUUCAGUAUAUUUUUCACAACUUUUACAAUUUUAUAGUUCUUUUUUUAACUGCUACUUUAAGAUAUAAAUCAAAAUCUGUUUCUUAGCUGGACAGUGGAGUAUUUUUUCCCUAACUUGUUACGAAAUCUGCCUGCAUCUUUUUCUUUAUCUUUCAAAAAGAAAAUAUUAAAUCUUUCACCUUUGAUAUAUAUAUAGGUAGAUAGAUAGAAAAAAUAGAUGUAAAAUAUUAAAGAAAUUGUUAAAUUUGGAGUUUAAUCAUCAGUCUUAUACAUGCAGCAAGACCAAAUCUGUGAAUCCUCUAAAUGGGGAAGCAAAGUAAUUGAAAAUAUCAUAAGAGCAUAUAAUGCUAAAUCAGAAUCCCAGCCAGAGGGUAUUAAAAAUACAGUGUAUUUGUUUAAAUAUUGACUUUUUUAAACUUAUGACUUUUUUAUUUUUACAAAAGGUCUUUGUACUCUAUUGUGUGCUUACAUUGAGUUUGCAAAUAUUUUUAUACUAACAAGCAUACCCAUCAUCUACCUUACUACAAGAGCAAACUAUAUGAAAGGGUAUUUUCAUUUAUGCACAAGUACAGUUUAAAAAAACCAACAGAGAUUAUGGGAAUUUGUAGGAGUAUAAAAUAUUAAUAACUACAUUCUUUUGGAAUGCUGCUGAGAGUUUGAAUUUCUGAAAUGUAACAUGCUUAAUAACAGCUCUGGUCCCACCAGUGCCUAAUGGUGAAUAUAUUUUUCAAAGUCAUUUUUGUUAUAAAUUAUUUAGUAUCCUGUCAGCACUAUACAUUACCCUGUUAUGCUGAUAGGAUGUGUGUGUGUAUCCAGUUAUAUAAAAUAAGCAGGCAUUUUGCUAUCUCCUUUCUCACUUCUGUUACUACUUACCACGGUAUACCAUCAACUACUAUCAAGGGGGGACGGAAAAAAAAGCUAGCUAGUAGUUUAUUUAAUGGAGACAAUAAGAUGAUGCCCUUAGGAGGUGUUGGAAGGCAGAUGAUACUCAUUUCCCUAGGUAAGAGAAAAUCCUAUAACCUUGCCUGUUCAUGAAAUAAAGUGGAUAGGUAUAACAGAUAUUGAGUCACAUCAAUCUCAGAAAUGUAACUAAUUCAAGGAACUAGUGUUAUAUGUGAAUAACAUGUAUAAUAAUUACCAUAUAAUUUACACAUAUUAUUAGCUCAGUUUUUAAAAGGAGAUAGGGAAAGAAGAUAUACAUCUUAUUAAAUGUGGUCAAACAAACUGACCUAGAUGAAUAAAUUUGUUUUAUUUCUAAUAAAAUAUCAGGCAUAAUUGGGCAUUUUGUUUAUAUUUUGUCUUAUUUCUUAAUCACUCAUAAAUAUGGUACUCUUUCUGUUCCCUACUACUAUAAGGGUUCAUAACCUCGAGUCCAUGAAAAAUGCUAUAUUUUGAUAACUGUACUUCAAUAAAUUGGUUUCUUCUAUAAUGCUACGUAUUUUAUUCCAUGCACUUAAAAAUAUUAUUCCCAGAAGCAGCUGAGAGGCUUGACAGGACUUCCAAAGAAGUCCAUGAUACCAAAAAAGGUUAAGAACCUUUAUAUUAUAAGUAUAUCCAUCCUUCGUUUUCAGUGGUGUGGAAUCCAUUUUCUGGUUUUUACUGAUAUCUCUUUAAUAUUGGUGAAGAAUGGCCCAGAGUGUACUCAGAGUCUAACUGUCCAUACCCCUGCAUCAAUUCUAGCAGAUGAAUGAAAUCUCAUGGCCUCCGUGCUGCUUUUGACCCAAGUGCUUGGGUUGGAGAAUGCCAAUCCAGCCUGUACACUAAUUUGUUUCAAACUGAUUAUUCUCUUAAGAAGCUACACAUCCCCAAGGGUCUCUGCCUUUGGGAUAAACCAAGUGUUAAUAGUAUUGUUGGGAAGGUGAUUCUCAACCCAAGCAAUUACAUAGGAAGACUCAUGAAUAAUCACUAUUGUUAUUAAGGACUAAUUAUCCAGUUUGUAGAUUAUCUGCAGUCCUCAGUUCCCACAAGGCUUUAGCCUACUAAAGGCAAGGGAAAAGAUAAAGCUUAAAUGAGGCUAUUUUGUUCUUGUAUUAUAUCCCUAAUAAAAGAUUUACUCUGGAAGAAAGAAACUAAUUCACAAAAUAAGGCUAGGGGUACAUCUCUGGACUUGUAAUUAUAGAAUCCUAGAGCUAGAAGGACCCUUAGGGAACCAUCACUAGAAGUCCAUCUUUCUAUUGGAUGGAUGAAUUCUUGUCUUUAAUAUUCUUGACAAGUGGUCAUCUACCUUCCAUCAUUUAUUGAUGCUUUCUCUGGAACCCAUUAGCUCAAAGUUGUUUUAUACUUUAAAAUUUCAUGGCUCAAAAGAUACAUUUACUGUGCAGAAGGGGAGUGUAUUAGGCCAUAUACUGUCAUUUAGGAGUCUUGUUGACUUUCUAUUGGAAAUAUAUAGUUGUCAUUCAUAUGACCUGGAUCUUCACAAUAUUGCUACCAUAUUGUAGCAUAUUCCAGGGGGAAAUCCACCCUGCAGGUCAUAUCCAGUAUUUCAACACUCUAACACUCAUUUCACAGGGAAUAAUAGUCACAGAUAUUAUUUAAGGGAUACUUUUAAAAUGUUACUUAUUUUACAGUGUAUCCCAGUAUGCUUUCAUCUGCCAAAAACAGUUUUUAAAUAACUCUGAACAGCCAGAAUACUCAUAUCAGGGCUGAUGGUUCUUGUUACAAAACUGCCGUAUUCAUUCUCUACCAGAAUGUCUUGGUUGUUACACAAACUUAUCUACGAAGUUCUUUGUUAUCCUUUCUAAUAAAAAG